AUGUACAUCGUAACCGAGGGGAGCGCCAAGGAAAUGUUGUUGGCGUUACUAGAGCAAUGUGAAUUCCAUGACAACGAUGUUAAAUUCACAAUGUUGAUCUCAUUUAUACAGAAAACACUUUUACGACUUCCAAACAAAAGAUUUCAUUCUUUAGAUUUAGCUUUAGAAACAUUAACCAGUCACAUAAUGUCAUUGCCUGUACCUGAAGACAACGCACUUGAAAAUCAAGAGCGAAAAUUAUUGGCAAUGUGCCCAGAAGUGUCACGAAUCAACCAACUGCUGGACAUCUUUUUAAACUUCUUGCGUCCAUUUAUUGAAGAAGUUUCGUUGAAAACUUCUACAUCUUUGAAUAAUGAUAACGUCCAGGCUCAAAUUAUUGUUUUAAAAAUCCACUUACUGAAAAUUCUUGAUCAUCCAGUUAUUUACCUUGACCUUGACUUUGAACUUGAGGACAGGAGUGUAAAGAACACUAGUAGAGUCAUUGUCGAAAAAUUGAUGGAACUCUUUACUCAUUUGGAAACCGAUUUUCAAAAAAUGAUGGAAUAUGCAAAUAAAAACAAAGCGAAAGUACCGUCUCUAAGAUUCAAUGAAAUCAUUCCUGUCCACAGCUUGUGUUGUUUGUCCUAUUUGGUUCAUUCUGAGAAACUUGGUGUUGAACGUUUUCCGUGUAUUUAUUCUAAUUUAUACGUCUUUGAAUUUAAUUUGCCUUUUAUUAAUGUACUGUUGAAAUGUACCAGGUCCCUUUUAAUAAUCAAGGGCUUAAAACUUCUAGAAUCCUUUCUUCAAUUGAUAUCAUGUGACACCCUUUCUUACAUUCGAUUGGAUAAUGAUCACUAUAGUAACAUUGUGAAAAAUUUGAUUGAUGUGAUGGUGCGUUGUUCAGUUAAAGAUAUUCGUCAAGAUGCAGUUAAGAUUUUUGCCUCUUUCAUCAGGAUUUUCCAGUCUGAUGGGCGGUAUCAGAUUUAUCAAAAUAUUUUAAACACGUGUAAACAUUCUGGCGUAAAUGGUUUCGUCAUCAAGCUGAUCAAGGACGAUAUUAAAGAUGCCUUGAUGGAAAAAAAUCCAGAUAAAUUAUUUCUUGGACGUCGUUUGGAGAGAUUGCUACGUCUCGCAGUGAUUCUUCCAGAAGGGGAGACAACUGAUCUUUUGGAACAUUCCGAUCGAAUCAUCACAGUUUUGAAUUUGUUCCGAUAUUUGGUUAUUCGUGAUCCUCCGAAAGAGAAUAAGACUGGAAUAUGGGACAAUUUGAAAGAGAUGGAGACAAGAUUUUUCAAACCGCUACGUGUCGGCCUUGAUAUGUCCAAAGCUCAUUAUGAUUUAGAGCUAAAAAAGAUCAUAGAAGGAAAGCAGAGGACCAAACGGGACACUACUGAUUUUGAAGUGUCUGUAGGUGGUGCUAGUUUACCGCAAAUGUCUGAAAAGGAAGAAAUGUUUGUUGUCAAGUCAGCUUUGAACACUUUUGAUUUAAUUGACAGUUUGUUGAAGAGACUGUCUGAAAUAAUAGACCAACAAAAACUCUAG